GUGCCCGGAAGUCUCAGGGAGGGGCGUGACGUACAUCCGGCGCGUAGCUGGCGGUCCCAGGUAUUGCUGGGCUGUGUGCUCUGAGGGAGGGUCGCGCCGCCAGCCACCGCCGGAGGAGCCCCUCGGGCCGUAACAAGCAUCAAUAAUGUCUUUCAUCUUCGAGUGGAUCUACAAUGGCUUCAGCAGUGUCCUCCAGUUCUUAGGACUCUACAAGAAAUCUGGAAAACUUGUAUUCUUAGGUUUGGACAACGCAGGCAAAACUACUCUUCUUCACAUGCUGAAAGAUGACAGACUAGGCCAGCACGUACCAACGCUCCAUCCCACUUCAGAAGAACUGACAAUUGCUGGAAUGACUUUCACCACUUUUGAUCUCGGUGGGCAUGAACAAGCACGUCGGGUUUGGAAAAAUUAUCUCCCAGCGAUUAAUGGUAUAGUUUUUCUGGUGGACUGUGCGGAUCAUUCUCGUCUCAUGGAAUCCAAAGUUGAGCUUAAUGCUUUAAUGACUGACGAAACAAUAUCCAACGUGCCAAUUCUUAUCUUGGGAAACAAAAUUGACAGGACAGAUGCAAUCAGUGAAGAAAAACUCCGUGAAAUAUUUGGGCUCUAUGGGCAGACCACAGGAAAGGGGAAUGUGACUCUGAAGGAGCUGAACGCCCGCCCCAUGGAAGUGUUCAUGUGCAGUGUGCUCAAGAGGCAAGGCUACGGCGAGGGUUUCCGCUGGCUCUCCCAGUACAUUGACUGAUGUGUGGACACUGAAAUAAAGAGUUUUCCUUCUGGACUGAUCCUAUUCACAGCUUCCUCAUGGACUUUUCUAAUAGAACAAGGAAAGCUCUCCAACCAUGUAUGGCAUUGAGAAGCCACGCAUCUGUCUACGCUCAUUGCCCAGUGGUGACAUGUGCUCUUCUCCACACUGCCUGCUGCUGCAGCUGCCGGGCAGUGUGCGGGGACUGGGGCUGGCAGCAUUUGCCAGGGAAAGCUGGGUGCCAUCAUGGGACACCUGAGAAGAAAAACACGUCUCACCACUGGUUGAUUUCAAAAGAAAGUGAUUCUAUUUUUUAAAGAAAGUGUUGUUAAUGUAAUUGGUAUCCCUUCUCUAACUUUUUGAGUUCACAAUUUACUUGGUCCAGAUUUUCUAUUCUUUUUUUUUUUAAACUAGUAAAUGAAAUUUAGAUACUUCAUAAAAUUAUGAACAGAUAGCACAUUGGAGGCCAGAGCUCCGCUGUGUGACUGCCUGUUGAGGGUGUUACCCAAGACAAGCGCCGGGAGACGACAGAGCCUCGGCCUUCCCUGGACUGGUCUCCACCCGUAGUAAAGGGAGUCCUCAUCUGGAGUGGGUAAAGUGUCAUGGUCAUGUUGUCAACUUCAUUUGUGGUUACCGGUUUCAGCAGGCUUUGCUUUUAUACUGUUGUGGAAUUUCAUCUCUCUGUGUAGCACCUUCCUUUCUUCACUGUAGAUGUAAAAAGUGACUUUUGCCUCAUGAAAGAGUUAAGGACAUCUCUCAUGUAGACCCCAUGCUUCGGGUGUGGCUCUAAUGCUUUUGAACAGAUUCUAGAGGGGCGUUCUGAACAGGAGGAUGCAGGUCAAAAUCAGCAGCUUGAGGCUCUGAACUCUGUGAGAUGCUCCCCAUCUGAUCUGGUAGCAACAAGAACCUAGGAAAACCUCUCAGGGGGCUCUGUGUUUUCCCCUUCAGAAAUAACAGAAAAUCCAGAUGACCUUCCGGCAGCAGCAAGUGCCAGCGUGGAAGCAGCAGCGUGCAUACCUGUGAGGAUCAUGGACAGGAGUUUUAUAUAUAGUGUGUGGUUUUCUUGCUGCAUGUGUGAGGUUGAGUUUUCCUGAUGUUAACUUUACAUUCUACCCUUGAGUGGAUGAGAGUCUCGUCUGUAGACGAGAAGGUAUCUUGAUUCUGAUUUCCUAUAAUGCAAGGUGAGGGUAGGUUCUUAAGUGGAAAUUCUGCUGCUGUAUUCUGACAAGAGAGUAGGGAAGGUGGGAGCACACUCCUGGGGAGUGUCUUACCACGUUUUAGUUUUGAGCACUGAGCCCCUGGGACAGUGUUCUGAUACACUGCCGGGUUCCCAACGCAGAGCCUUGGUGAGAUGUCUGUCUGCAAACUGCAUGCAUUGCGUUCACCCACAUACAGCUGGGAUGAGAGCUGUCUGUGUGGAAGGGCCUGUUGCUAAAACCCUGAGCAAGCUGGGUAGGUAGCUGGUGUGCCCUUUAUUGCCUUUGGCUAAAGACUGUCCACAUGUCUGUCCAGACACAUGAUGGGUGUGAUGGCCUGUGUAGGGUUCCUCAUUUGUCUGUCUUGUUUGUCCCUAACUGCUCAGUGGCAACCUAGAAGACUGGACUCUGCCCAGGGUGGCUCUUUGUGAAAGUGGUUUAUUUUGGCCACUGGAGAAAGAGACGGCUGACAAGUGGCAUCAGUGUGCUUCAUGCUGCACAGAACACCAUCUAAAUAAGCUGGCCAAAGUGGUCGCUGCAGCAAGUGCAACUCCACCUGAGGGCCAGGGCCUUGCCCAAGGCCUCCAAUGAACUGAGACUCUUCAUUCUGUUUAUCAGAGUGUAUGUGUCCUGUUUCAGCAAAAGUAAAACUGUCAUUUACAAAAGAAGGUCAGUCUGUAUCUUAAGCAUUUUAAUAAAAAGCUAAAAUCAA